AGAAAAAAAGAGGGUGUGAAGAGAGGAGUUGUUCGUGUCAUGAGACAUGUCGUGUUUCAAGACGAGGGAUGUCCCGCUUCAGCCACGAACAAACAAAAGUCCCCCCACCUUUGCUUUGUCUCGCCCUCUCUCGCGUUCAGAAAACUCGUGGAAGCCAUAACUCGAAAAGGAAAACAAAAAAGACAUUUGGAGACCAAAUCGGGUAACCCAGGAUUAUUUCAAGGAAAUCUGGACAUGAGAAAUAAAAAAUGGUUUGCGUGUGGAGGGGUGUGUGGGGGUAUAACCGUGCGUUGCCCAUGGACGGCUAGGUGCUGUCACUAAACGUAUGAAAAAAAUGGUGACGCAGAUUUCCCCAAAGAAUAAAUGCCGAGUCGAAAAAAGGGUAAUAAUGAACAUCGCGCGAGGGCGUGUUGAAAAUCGAACCAGGUAAUGAUGAUGAAGCGAGAGUGGUGCACUACGGACAUGAUGAACUCCGACAUGCGCCAUGGGUGUGUGUGUGUGAAGAAAGAGAAAUUACAGUAAACAAAAAAAGAACAUUGACGAUAAGAGG